AUGGCCUCGCCCUUCUACUGGAAGUUCGCUCCUGUGAGCCUGGACUGGGCCCCGCUGGACAGUCACAACAUGCCGACGCUCGUAUACCCGUGUGGACGCCGUAGAAACUUUUGGCUCACGGCGCUUCCCAAUGUCACUGUGAACAUUAGGAUUGAAGGACUUUAUGAUCAGCAAGGAAGCGAUUAUCUUGACAUCUGGACCAUCCAAUGGCUUGGAGAUGGAAAUGUCGCCACUCUUAAAGGUGGUCAAGAGAUAUUCAUCUCAUUCGACCCUAAGCUUUCGGUGGCACCUCAGCCAGGAACCUACCAGCUUCGAGUCGUUACUUACGUGGGUGGAUUAGAGACGGUCCUCAUGUCGGCGGUGGGGGAGGAGGCGUCGGCCACGUUGAAUUGCCUGGAAUUGGAACCAUUUUCGAUUCGAACUACUGCGUUAUGCCAGGCGCCCACGGCUUCUAGCGACUCAAGCCACAAGAAGGGACUCAAUCGCCUCAAUGAAAUGUCCUAUUUUUUG